AUGCGGAAUACGCCAACAAAGACGAUCAUUAGAUCUGGAAUGGAAGCCCGAGAAAAGAUGGCGAGCACCACCACCACCAGGGGCAAGAGGGUGUGUGGGAGAACCGCCGCCGAGUAUAGCUCCGCCGCCGUCACCUCGUCCCCCGAUUAUGCUGCACUCAUCGACUCUAUUUCUAGCCAGACUCUAUCCUUUCGACAGCUUAGAAUCCACAUCAGAAAGCUGGCACACUCCCUCCGGAACAAGCUCGGCGUGGAGGUUGGUGAGGAAGAAGCGGAAACGGAGUUUCCAGAAGCAGAGUUGAAGAAGAGCAGCGCGGCGGCGCUAUCCUACUCAUUGGGGAAGGGAGGGAAGAGCAAGCGGGUGCUACUGAGCCACGACAACUUCAUCGUGACGGCGGCGAUGGUGACGGCGGACCAGGAGACGAAGGAGGUUCGAUGGUGA